GUUGGUUCAUUGGAUUCAAAGAGUCAGAGCCCCCGCGAUCAAGCCAUCCUCCAACUCUGCAUUUUUCGAAAACUUCCUUUUUAAGUACCCCUUUUUAGAGAGAGAGAGUGAAUUUCGUAAGCCACAGAGAUUAGAGAGAGAGAGAGAGAGAUUACAGAGAGGUUAGAGAGAGAGAAAGAGGAGGGAAAGCUGUGUGAGUGUGUUGAGUGGUACUUUUUGGAGUUGCAGGUUUUUGGAGUAUUGUGUCGUGGGGUGUCUGGUUCCGGGGAGUGUUUAAAUGGGUUGGUUUUUAAAUUUCUGAAUUAUUAUAGUUUAUUUGUUUCCUUAGCGAGAGAGGUCAAGAACAGGAAAUCCUAAGAUUCUAAGAUCUUCUUUCUGUAUACAUAUAUAUACACACAUAUAACCUCCACUUCUCCUCCCUCUCUCCUCCCCCCUCUCUCUCUCUAGCCUUUGUUCUUCCUCUGUCUUGAGACAACCGAGAAGAAAGGAACAAGCUUUUUGGUGUUGGAGAUCAGGAGAUUACCAAUCCUCAGCAAAUCGACAUGGAAGUUAACAUGAGCUUUUCACAUGACAUGGACGAUGAGUACGAGAAACUCAUCCGGAGAAUGAACCCACCAAGGGUUGUAAUCGAUAACGAAGCCUGCAAGAAUGCAACGGUGAUAAGGGUGGAUAGUGCAAACAAACAUGGAAUACUUCUGGAAGUUGUACAAGUACUUACUGAUCUCGACCUUAUCGUGACGAAAGCGUACAUAUCUUCGGAUGGUGGCUGGUUCAUGGAUGUUUUUAAUGUCACUGAUCAAGAUGGAAACAAGGUUACAGAUGAAGAGGUUUUGGAGUAUAUUCAUAAGUCUCUUGGUCCGGAGGCAUGCUUUGCAUCUUCGAUGAGAUCUGUUGGUGUGAAACAAUCAAUGGACAGUACCGUAAUUGAGCUCACUGGAAGUGACAGACCGGGAUUACUCUCCGAAGUGAGCGCUGUCCUAACCAAUCUCAAGUGCAACGUAGUGAGCGCGGAAGUCUGGACGCACAACACUAGGGCUGCAUCCGUGAUGCGCGUCACCGAUGAGGAGACGGGAUUGGCAAUUACCGACUCUCAGAGGUUAGCUAGGAUUAAGGAAUUACUAUGCAAUGUGCUAAAGGGCAGCAACAAAGCCAGAGGAGCAAGGACUGUUGUCUCUCACGCUGUUACGCACACUGAUAGGAGGCUUCACCAAAUGAUGUUUGCAGAUAGGGAUUACGAACGAGUUGAUGAUGAUGUCUUGGAUGACAAGCAAAGACCGGAUGUGAGUGUUGUUAAUUUACUUGACAAAGACUACUCAGUGGUCACUAUUCGGAGCAAAGACAGGCCAAAGCUUCUCUUCGACACAGUUUGCACUUUGACAGACAUGCAAUAUGUGGUUUUUCAUGCUAGUAUUGAUGCUGAGGGUCCGGAAGCUUAUCAGGAAUACUAUAUCAGACACGUAGAUGGAUCCCCAGUGAAAUCAGAUGCAGAGAGACAAAGAGUGAUACAAUGCCUCGAAGCGGCUAUUGAGAGAAGAGUAUCUGAGGACUUGAAGCUAGAACUCUGCACUACUGACAGAGUAGGGCUGCUAUCUGAUGUCACUCGGAUCUUUCGAGAGAACAGCCUCACCGUAACAAGAGCAGAAGUUGCAACGAAAGCAGGCAAAGCUGUGAAUACAUUUUAUGUUCGCGAUGCAUCAGGCUAUCCGGUUGACUCCAAGACCAUAGAGUCCAUCCGGCAAGCAAUCGGGCAGACCAUACUCAAAGUAAAAGGCAACACUGAAGACACAAAACCUGGUUCUGAGGAAUCUCCAACAAGGUUCCUCUUUGGCGGUCUCUUCAAGUCCAGAUCUUUCGUCAACUUCAAGCUGAUCAGAUCGUAUUCUUGAGACAUCGGUUAGAUCUUGUACAUAAGAACCCGUCUUAGUCGAAAACUUCACCAAACUAGACCAUUUUAGUGGUUUAAUUAUUCACUUGAGUUUAGGAAAACAAAAGCAGCCAUUAUUGAAGGAAAAGCCAUAGAAGUGUGAAGUGCUUGCAUAUAUCUCCCCUUUUCAGCUUCUGCUUUUAGCCUUCAUUUGUUACUGUGAUCCAACCUUGGGUUGGAUCAUGAAAGCAAGGAAGGAUCGUCUGGUUUGUGUAAUGUUCAGAGAAAGUCAGUUCUAGGGUUUUAAGCUUUGUACAUAAUAUUUCUCUAUUCAAAGUUUAUGGUAGCUUUUUUAUUUAUCAUCAACUUCCAUUU